AUGACGUCGGAGGAGGGUUACGAGCCUCAUUUUGGAGGCGAGGAGCUGCGGCACCAGGUUGGAAGGCAGGCAUGUGGUCGCCGGGAUCGGAACGGCAACUUCUCGGGGGAAACAGUUCCCUCCCGCGACCCGGCCGGGAGGGCUCGGGGGCUGCCGUCUCCACCCGAGGCCGGGACUUUGGAGGAGGCGGCUCCGGAGCUCCGCGUGGCAGAGGAGCACAACCGCGCCGCUCACGCGCGCCUGUGUUUUGCUGUGCCCUGUCCCCGCUCGCGCAGGCCGAAGAGGCAAGCCAAGCCCGCCGCGGACGAGGGCUUCUGGGACUGCAGCGUGUGCACCUUCAGGAACAGCGCCGAAGCCUUCAAAUGCAGCAUCUGCGACGUGCGGAAAGGCACCUCCACCAGGAAACCUCGCAUCAACUCUCAGCUGGUGGCACAACAGGUGGCUCAGCAGUAUGCCACUCCACCACCCCCGAAGAAGGAGAAGAAGGAGAAAGUGGAGAAACAGGACAAGGAGAAGCCUGAGAAGGAGAAGGAGAUCAGUCCUAGUGUCACCAAGAAGAACACCAACAAGAAAACCAAACCAAAGUCGGACAUCCUGAAAGACCCUCCUAGCGAAGCCAACAGCAUACAGUCUGCCAACGCCACGGCAAAGACCAGCGAAGCGAAUCACACCUCGAGGCCCCGGCUGAAAAACGUGGACAGGAGCACCGCACAGCAGUUGGCAGUAACGGUGGGCAACGUCACCGUCAUUAUCACAGACUUUAAAGAAAAGACUCGCUCCUCUUCAACGUCCUCGUCCACAGUGACCUCCAGUGCAGGGUCAGAACAGCAGAAUCAGAGCAGCUCGGGGUCAGAGAGCACAGACAAGGGCUCCUCCCGCUCCUCCACGCCAAAGGGCGACAUGUCGGCAGUGCAGGACGAGUCCUUCUGAGGCCGCACGUGGGGCAGUGAGGACCUCGCAUCAGGGUACAGGAUGCAGCCCGCCACCUGCCCGUGCGCCUGCGCCUGGAGUCUCUGUGGACGGCCACCGCCUCUCUGCAGGAUGCUUCCUGCUCGCCACGGGCAUCUGGCCACCCAGGAAUUUCGCACCCUGACGGUUACUCGUGACACUUUUAUGUAUUCCAUUGUUUUAUAUGAUUUUCCUAACAAUCAUUUAUAAUUGGAUGUGCUCCUGAAUCUACUUUUUAUAUAAAAAAAAUCUGCUGUGCACAAUUUUCCAUGUACAUGACAACUGGUUUUUUGUUUUUGUUUUGUUGAGGGGGCGUUGGGAGGGGGGGGACUUUUAUUUAUUGUGUUCACAACUCCAUCCUUUCAGCAUAUCCUUUAAGUUUAGUUCUUUCUUCCAGUUAUACUAUGUACUAUCAGUUUUGAUAUAACUAUAUAUAUAUAAAUAUAAAAUUAUAUAUAAAGGGUUAUUUGAAACCAAUCCACGGCAGUGCUGGUGCUUGAUACACUGUGAAGACAACAUGGAACAGUGCAGAUCUGGGACAGUCCCUUCCAGAAAGUGCUGAGACUGAGUCACGGUCGGUCUCGCGUGGAGUGUCCCCCACCCACGUGGGAACCUGACUCUCAUCUGUCUAACGAGUCCUGACGAUAGAAAGAUUCUCUAUUUUUUAAACAAUGUGAUCUCAGAGGUAAAGACUGCUCCAGAUGGCCUUCAUUGGCAGGGGUAAUGACAAAUCACAGGUGGUGCAGUGGGGGGCUCUGUCACCCAGGAGUACCUGAAGGAGCUCCAGAAUGCCACGUGUUGGCGUAAGUCACGGCCGCACGCUGACGUUGCUGUUCUGCACAAGCACCCGGCCUCACGGGCUCUCCCUGGGUCCACCCAUCUUCCAGGCCCACCCUGGCCUCCACCUCCGGGGCCUGGCAGUGGGGGCUUUACAGUUGGACUUGGUUGCCUCACGUCCCCGUCACUCAGACCCUCGCCCUGCUGGUGCAGACGUGAGACUCCCUCCCUGUUCUUUCUUAAAACCUACUGUGGUUCACUCUCCUCCCGAGAGGCCCCCAGCGGAGCCCAUGCUGGAGACCAGGCUCGAUCCCCCAGGGCGGGGACUCUGGCGCUGCCUGCCCCGCGAGGGCCUCCCCUGGCAGAGACCCCUGGCCAGAGCGCGUGCUCCAGAGUUCUCUGUCCUCUCUUGACUGUCCUGGGGGGAGGAACAGCCACUCAUCUGAUCUAGGACACCAUCCUCCUUGAUUCACGGCCUUUGCUUGCUUUGCUUUGCUUUUGUUUGGAUUUGGGGGUCUCUUCUCCCCGACUUUCCCAUUCACAUCCACUGAGUUGGUAGUACACCAGAGUCAUUUUGGGCGUGGGAACUUGAUGUUAACCUUCCUUUAUUUGAUCUUGCUUUAAGGACUCACGGGAGGGUGUGUGAUGUAAUGAAGCACCACAUUUUGGUGUUAAGAACCUGGUUUCCUUAAUAAUAGAACUAAUUUCUAUCUGGAGGCAACAAGUAAAAGGAAAAAAAAAAAUUUAACAGCUUGAAUUGAGUAGCCAGCAGGAAAGGUUCCUCUCACAUUUACAUUAAAACGAUGCUGUAGUCACCAAUGUACCAUAAUUUAAAUUUUGUCCUCAAAGGUAUAGAUUAUAAAGCAGUGCCAUUCGUUGCUGUGGUCCUAUUCUCAAAUGCAUGGACAAUGUUCCCUUCUUUUUAAAAUAAUGCUUGUAUCUGGGAUGCAAGCUGUGCUUAUCUUUUUAAAUACCUUUUUAAAGUAUUUAUUAAUGAACCAAAGGAAAUCGGGUGCUUUCUAUAAGCAUCAGAAUAUAUAAUACAUAGUGAUUUGACUAUGAAUUUUAAAUCCACCUUUUAAUAUUAGUGGGAUAUUGCAAAGACAUUCCUUCUAAAAAGUUUUAAUAUUCCUUUUAUUACGGGUCUCAGGGAGGGUAAAUUAGUCAGCCAUAUUUAUUUUCCAGAGGUGUAAGGAAUUGCUAAGUUUUUUAAUUAACUUUUUUAAAAAAAUUAAAUGCCACCAAACUCGUGGGUUGCACUGCUUUUGGAACCAGUCAGUGUUGGCAUGCACUUUGUUCACGAACACUGUGUGCUUUCGCAAAUCAGUUUCAUGUAAAGUGAUUGGACCCCUAAUGAGUGGAAAAGCUGAUGAUCCAGCUACUCAGAGGCUGCUCAGUGAUCCAUCGCCAGUGUCUUGGUUUUUUGGUUUUGCCUCCGUGAUCAAUUAAAGAAUGGGGAGAGGUGAAGGAAGGGGUGGGGGUUGGCUUUAGGACGAGAGGGCCCAGCUUGCCGUUGGGGCAAGACGAAGGGCGGGUUGUCCAAGCACCAGAUGUCACAGGGCCAGCCCGAAGCUGCCGCGUGCCUGGGGCAGCGAGGUGGUGGGUACCCCAGACCUUGAAUUUCCAAAAUUGGUGACAUCCCUCAGGCAUGAUCUCUGGAAACGGGAUUCCUCCCACUUCCCUCGGCUGCGGCCCGCCUGCGGUUCCUAGGCAGUGCGUCUGAACACUAGCUAGCGUAGGUGAUGAGGAUGUACCUUGAAAGGACCAGAAACACUCGGUAUUCAGUGGCACAGAAAGCAGGUGAAAAAUCAAAACAAAAAGCACAGUGUUAACGCAAGUUUCCCUUUGUUUGGACACCACACGGUCUCCCACGAUCUCCCUCGCGGGCGGCAGCUGACCUGUCCGCUCUGCUUGCGUCGCGCAGUUAGGACAGAGGUCAAGACCUCCGACUCCCACUAACUAUUUGAACCCAGACCUUUCCGUUCCAAUCUGGAUAUUCAAACACAACGUCGGCAGGAGCUUCUGUGAGUCCUUCCAUACGAUGUUCCACCUGCCUUACCGAGACCAUUCUCAGUCUACUUUUUUAAGCUACCGUAUCUUAAAUUAUUGAAAGUUUAUUAAUUGCUGAAUAUAUAAUAACCUUUGCUUGUAUGUAACCGAAAAUGGUGUAAGAGCCGACAUUUAGAGUUGGACGAUGGAGCCGGACAGUUUCUAAUGCGCAAGCAGUUCUGUUCUUGUGUAUGACUCGUAACCUUAAUUUACUGUGUAAAGAUGGUUACAUUAUUUCCUUAGCUUUGUUUGUUGGAGACAAAUAGAGAAUGCUUGUUAAGUAUGUCAAAACAUAAUCUUACCUUGUGAAUUUUUGUUCAUGUAUUAUACGAGCUCUAUUUUCCAUUUGCCCAGAAAGACAGCUUGUAUAACGCUUUUGGAAGUUUCUGCUCUGUAAGGUCUCUAGAGCUGACGGUCUGUUAGGUUUGUUUUCUCUUCAUGCUAAAGUGUCAGUUGGUGGUUUUGUGAACUGGUCAGAAAUUCACAGGUCUUAAAUGUUUUGGGGAAAUUUAUAUUGGACACUGCUCUUUGUCUAGCAAAUAAAAGAUGUUAAUAUAUUCCUGUUACUGGCAUGUGCACGACUAUGUUAUUAGAAGCCACUUUAUCAUUUUCCUGCUUUAAAUAGAAAUGUCUAUUUAUGAAUUCUGCUUGUAGUUUUUUCACAAAUAAAAUAGUAAAAAUUUA